AUGUGGGUUCAGAGGUAUGCGGAAUCAGAGGGCAGUGGCUUGUGGAUGACGCCACUGAUGAUGCAGCUCACUGCAAUGGCACGCCGCGUUGCCAUGCAGCUAGAUCAGGCCAAGCGCUCUGAGCGAGCGGAAAGACCUGACCAAGAGAACAAUGCCUACCUCAAGAAGUUGGUGGCCUUGUAUCGCGAAUUUCUCAAGGUGCUGAACAAGGAGCGAACAAAGAGAGCAGGCCACGUGUGGAUUUGUAGCGAACUCCUGCGCGCCUACUUCAAGCUGGGGCAGGUGUCGCAAUGCUCAUUCCUCCUGUCCACUGUGACGAAUUCCAUGCAGAAGGAUGGGUUCAACCCCACUGACCUUCCCAAGGCCAUUUGCGUGACCUUCUACUUCUUCUGGGGCAAAUACUUGGUCUUCGACCACAACUUGCAGGGAGCGGACGAGAAGCUGACCUGGGCUUUCAACAACUGUCCGGAGAAGGCCUUGGCCAACCGCCGGCGAAUUCUGUUGUACUUGGUGCCGUGUAAGCUCCGACUCGGGGUGCUGCCGACACAGGAGCUUCUACACAAGUACGACUUGGAUGUGUUCUUCGACAUAGUGCGGGCCAUCAAAGAGGGCAACGUUCAGCUCUUCACCCAGCGCAUGCAAGAGCUCAGCGCUGAUCUCAUUAAGAUGGGCACCUACCUGCUUAUGAUGCGCCUGAAAUUCAUGGUGCUACGCAACCUCACGAAAGGAAUCUUCGUGGAAGUUCGUGGGAGGCUGACGGACAAAAGCGACAAGCUAGACUUUGCACCGUUUGAGCAUGUCUUCGGCUGGCAAGAUGGGUGUGAUGCAGACGAAACGGCGGCCUCCCUGGCGACGCUUAUCCACAGCGGGGCGGUGAAAGGGUACCUGAGCCACGACCGCCGCAAGGUCGUGUUUGCAAAGGAUGCCCCGUUUCCGCCGCCAUCGAAGUGGCGCGUGUGA